UCUGUGUGGAUCUGGGAGCAGUCAGUCGGCCAUUGAUGUGUGUCGUGGCUCUGUAACAAAACACGAAGACAGAAAGGAAAGGUGAGAUACAGCACAUUACGGGAAAAGAGAGCUGUUUUCAUUAUUUUAAUAGCAAAAUUCUUCGCCACAUUAAUCACAGGUUUGCCAGCAUCCGGAUAUGUCCUUCCUAUUUGAAUGGAUAUACAAUGGUUUCAACAGUGUAUUGCAGAUGCUAGGACUGUACAGGAAAUCUGGGAAGCUGGUGUUUCUGGGACUGGACAAUGCUGGCAAGACCACCCUGCUGCACAUGCUCAAAGAUGACCGAUUGGGACAGCACGUGCCCACCUUACAUCCAACCUCUGAAGAGCUGACCAUCGCUGGCAUGACCUUCACCACCUUCGACUUGGGUGGCCACGCACAAGCUCGCAGAGUGUGGAAGAACUACCUCCCCGCCAUUAACGGCAUCGUGUUCCUGGUGGACUGUGCAGACCUCCUGAGACUGGCAGAGUCCAAAGCAGAGCUGGACGCACUAAUGACAGACGAGACCAUCGGAAACGUGCCUAUCCUGAUCCUCGGAAACAAGAUCGACAGACCAGAGGCCAUCAGCGAGGAGAAGCUCCGGGAGCUCUUCGGACUGUACGGCCAGACGACGGGAAAGGGCAACGUGCCGGUGAAGGAGCUGAACACCCGGCCGCUGGAGGUGUUCAUGUGCACGGUGUUGAAGAGGCAGGGCUACGGGGAGGGCUUCCGCUGGCUGUCCCAGUACAUCGACUAGCCCCCGCUUCCCGACCGCCCCCAACCGCCCUGAACCGCCCGGCACCACGUUCAGCCCUGCCUCUGCUCUCACCACACCCACAACCUGAACCCCACAGACUUUUUUUAUUGGUUGAACAUUUGGUUACACGAUUGUCAUACUUUUUCUAGAAAAUAAUCUAGCAUUGACUCUGCAGGAACGUCAAGUCCAAGGUUGUUCUCCCAUUUUUUGUUUUUUUUGUUUUUUUGUUUUUUUGGACCCUUAAGAUAUAUCUGAUCUGAAACGCUGCGUAACUCAAAACCCAGUGGAGGAAUGAUUUGUUUAUACAAAAUAUCAGUACCCUGACAUCUUUUGAACAUUGAGACCAGAACACAGUAGUGGUAUGCUUGGGAAUGCACAUUUUUUAACAGGAAAGACUUGUAGACAUGCAAACACGUGACCAGUAUUUAACGUUCAUCAUGUUAAUUUUCUUUCUUAGUUUUAAAAAAAAUGAUUUCGGUAAAUGUGGCCACUUAUCCAUGUUACUUUCAACAUUUUCUUUAUUUCUGGCUGCAACCUCCCGUCCCUUCCCCCCGUUUGAUGUAAUCACAGCGUUGCACACAGUACACCCCGUACCCCCCCGUACCCUGAGUCCCCUGAAUGUUUAUUACGGUGUGUGAUGGAACUUUUGAAAACCGGUCUGUUUCAUUCACAUUGCUGGCGGUCCAUUGUCGCUGCAUUGCGAGUGGGACGCAAGCUUCUUUGACGUUUCAGGCGACACGGUGCAUUGUGGGUAUGAAAAUACAACCGGAAUUGGAGGAAGAUUGUCGCUGUCAUAAUGGUGGAGGGGGCGGGUUGACACCACAUUGUUCGCAAGGGAGUUUGAGGUAUGGUUUUUGGUUGGGGCUUCAGCAGAUAAAUCGGUGUUGAAGUUUUCGCAAGAGGAGGGAACAGUACCUAGCCGCGGGUGGAACUGUUGGAAGUACCGUGAUUGUAACGUGCAGUAAUCAUUAGGCAUGGUUUUUAUUCUGCAGUACCUGCAAGAUCGUAAUCUUGGGUCCAUUGACAUCGAUCACAUACACACACCUGGAAGGAUGUCGGUGUAAUACCGUUACUCCAAAGAGAAACCGUGUAAAAAAGAAAAUACAAAAAUAUGAACAUUAUUUAAUAAUCGAGAACAGGUGGGCUAAACGCAAGGAAACGAAUAUAUGAAGUGUAUACCAGCGCCAUACAUGGAUUAAAUGCGAUUUCCAGAUUAGCACCCAGUUAAAUCGCUGUGCAUUCCAGAAAAAACAAAUGUGCAUGCCUUGUCCGUAAAUCUUUUUUAAUGACCACAUGAAAAUGGAAGUUGACAAUGCAACAAAUGCCAAAUUUCCAUCUGAAGAAUUGAGAAUAAUCUCAUUUAAAAAAAUAACUUAAUGGAAUGGCGCAUUAAUACACAUUUUAUGUUCUGUUACUAUGUUUCUCGCCAUUUCUUCUUAUAUUCUAUACUUCUUCAUGAGCUGUUCCAUUAGGAUAAAUUCCUUGUUUGCAGCAGAAAUUGUAAUAAAUGUUUGCAAUGAACAA